UAUCUUCUCAAUCCAUUUUGUAGCUGUGUGCCUAAACUAUAAAUAGGCCUAGACCUCAUAGCUCUAAGCACUAAGAAGCAAAGCAUUUCUUGGUUUUGAGCUCUUCCUUGUCUUCUCAAAAUGGGAAAACUUCGUAAGCAUGUCGGGAUAUUGAGCCUACUCCUAGUGUUGCUCCUCGGUAUAGCCGAGUGCCGGAGAAUCGAGGAAGACACGUUCUCCGAAGGCAAUGGAGGAGGUUUCGGCGGUGGCGGUGGUUUUGGAGGUGGAAAGGGGGGUGGUGGAGGAAUAGGUGGUGGUGCAGGAGGAGGAUACGGCGGUGGUGCCGGUGGCGGCGGCGGUGCUGGUGGUGGUUUCGGAGGUGGAAAGGGUGGUGGUGGAGGAAUAGGUGGUGGCGCCGGAGGAGGAUCCGGUGGUGGAGCUGGCGGUGGCUUUGGAGGUGGUAAAGGCGGUGGCGGAGGAAUAGGUGGCGGAAAAGGUGGUGGUGCUGGCGGUGGCUUUGGUGGUGGAAAGGGUGGUGGUGCUGGCGGAGGAAUAGGCGGUGGAGGUGGUGCAGGGGGUGGCGCUGGUGGCGGCUUCGGAGGUGGAAAGGGCGGCGGAGGAGGCAUUGGUGGUGGUGCAGGAGGAGGUGGUGGUGCAGGCGGAGGUGCCGGUGGUGGCUUUGGAGGUGGAAAGGGUGGAGGAGGAGGAAUUGGGGGUGGACAUGGUGGCGGUGCUGGAGGAGGUGUCGGUGGUGGCUUUGGAGGCGGAAAAGGAGGUGGUGCUGGUGGUGGAUUCGGCGGUGGAAAAGGUGGUGGCGUAGGGGGAGGUGUUGGUGGAGGUGGUGGUGCAGGUGGCGGUGGAGGUUUCGGCGGUGGCUCCCGUGGAGGUUUCGGCGGUGGGGCCGGAGGAGGAUUUUAACUGGCUCUGCUGCCUAAGCGGGCUUUUGUACUCUCCAUCUUGAUUUGCCAAUAGGCUAAAUGCCAAGUGUAUCGGCAGAAUUAGUUCAAGGAUAAUUAGAUGUCCUUCAUUUUAAUUAGUUGAUGUUUCAUUUUCACUAAAGUUACUUUACUUAUGUAUCGACGAUAAAUUGUUUUUGAGAAAAACUUGCUGGCUUAAUUCUGUGGAUGAAAUCUUCGUGAUAUUUAUUUCACAAAUGCUAUUCCUGUAAUCGACAUUGUUGAUCAAUCCCUCUCAGGUCUCAUGCAA